AUUUUAAUUUACCAAAUGAUCUCAACCAUUACCCAGUAAUCAGGGCUGUGGGUUUCAGUUGAAGAUGUCUUCACAAAUCUAUCGGCAACCAGUGGAGAGGCGGAGAGGUCAUUCUAGUGUAGAGGUAGGCGACAACCUGUACAUGUGGGGUGGGAGGCAGCCUGACUUCCCUGAAGUACACAAUAGUGAGAAGAAGAGAUCAAUCUGUUCUGUAGUGGAGGUCUGUCAUGUACCAACUGGUACUUGGGUACAAAAGCCUACCACUGGUAACCCCCCACUUGGUAUUGAGGGAUAUGCUGCUGCUGUCAUUAGAAAUGAAAUAUUCUUUUUUGGAGGGCGUUGUGGUCAUGACGUCUGUCAUCAUAACAGUUUAUACAGUUUUAAUGUUGACACCUUAAAUUGGAAGGAACUCUCUCCUACUACAUCUCAUCAUGGUCCUAUGAUGAAGUCCUUCUCUGGCAUGGUUGCACUACGAAUCAAUGACGAGGACUAUCUUGCAGUAAUUGGAGGGCAGGGACCAUCUUCUAAUACCCCACCACAACCUGGUGCCCAGUACAGUAAAGGUGGCAAUCAACGUUGCAAUGAAGUUCAUAUGUACCGAUUAAAAACUGGUGAAUGGACUUCACCAACUGUCACUGGAGACAGACCACCUCCUAUUUCUCAAUUCACUUUAACAUCAAUAACUAACACUACUGUUAUAUUGUUUGGUGGUGAUAUUGGUGGUUUGAAAUACAAUAAUGAUGUGUAUAUAUUUGAAUUUACCGACACAUCAGUGAAAUGUAAGAAGUUUUCUAACCCUGGAGGAUCAGUACAAUGGCCUCAGGCGAGAGAUGCUCAUUCCAGUGUAUUGAUCAACUGUAGCUCAGUACCACACCUACUAGUGGUUGGUGGAGCAGGUACCAAUGAUUGUUGGUUGUUAAACAUAAACAAAAUGGAAUGGAAAGAACUGACUAAUAUACCAGACAGUGUCACUGAUAGAUAUUGGCAUUCUCUCUCAAUUUGGAAUGAGACACAGACCAUCAGCUGGAUAAUUGAGUUUGGAGGACGAACGGGAAGUGGUUCAUUACUCAGUGAUACAACAUUUAUUGAAAUCAUAUCUAGUGCUGGUGAUUUGGUAGUACAGUCAGUACUGGACAUUAAUGAAUAUCAGAAGAGAAGAAUACAAGAUGCUGUAGGGAAGUGGAUGGAGGAAGGGAGUGUUGAUCUAACCGUUACUCGUGUUAAUAUGCUUGGUGCUCCUGGAGCUGGUAAAACCUGUUCAAAGCUCCUCCUACUAAAUGAAGACCCACCCACUGAUGACACCAGUACACCCAUUGCCUGCAAGGCUACGAGAGCUGCCGUUUGUGGAAAAACUUGGAAUCGAGUGACUCGAGAUAAUUUACUUGGUGAAUUAGCAGUCGAUUUGAAUGCAGUUUCACAGGAAAAGAAAACAAAAGAGCCUCCCCUGCCCGUAGUCCUCUCAUUGCCAGAUAAUACUCAACCAGCAGCAGAAAUACCACUAGAUCCAUCUCCUACUCCACAGAAGAAACCUGAUCAAGCAGUUUCAUCUGAAACAAAAGUUAUCGAAGAAGACAAAGAGUAUCAUACUGAAGCAGUCGUCCAGGAAAUUUUAGCCAGUCAACCAAAAAGGAUUCAUAAAAGUGAUCAUUGGCUGUACGUUAUUGACUCUGGUGGUCAGCCAGCAUACCAAGACUUACUGCCUUUAUUCACUAGAGCAGCUUCUCUCAAUAUCAUAGCACUGGAUCUAUCUAAGCCUUUCAAUGAGAGGUUUGAUCUGAUGUACAGGAUCGAUAGAAAAUUCUUCCCAUGCUACUCCAAGUCAACUCAGUUAGCAUUCUUCCAGUCUGCAGUUUCCACUGGAGCUAGUUUUAAGCCUCUUGAUAUUUCCUGCAUCUCCAAGAAACCGACACACUCCAUGCAUCUUGUAUUGGGAACGCAUUAUGACAAGGUAAAUGAUGAUACUCUAAGAGAAAAGGAAGAGAUCCUAAAGUCUUCAAUGUCUUCGUUGCAGUCCUACUUACAAAAUUGCGUUAUCCAUCAUAAAAAAUCUAUCAUAUUUCCUGUCAACACGAUUGCUGAAUCAGAAGAAAGAGCUAAAUACAGUGAAGAGAUUUGCAAGGCAAUAUGGUAUCAUGGGUCUGAUGCUUCACUGGAAAUCAAAAUACCAAUUCGAUGGUUUGCAUUUGAGUUGUCUUUGCCCGAGCAGAGUAUUGUAUCAGUUAAGGAAGCUUUAUCUAUUGGAGAAAGAUAUGGGAUGAAGGAGGAAGAUACUAAACAAGCUUUGAGAUAUUUCCAUAACGUGAGUCUCAUGUUAUAUUAUCCAGAAGUUACGAAUGUCGUCUUUGUUGAUUCUAAGCCAAUCCUUGAAAUUCUCUCACAGUUAUUAGCUCUCACAUACGUUGAUGAUGAUGAUGCUUUAGCUUCAAUUUCAGACAAACCUCUUUCUCUCAAAGUUAUGAAUAAUCUGAAGGAAGGAUUCUUCAAUGAAGAUAUUUUUGAGCAUUUGAAGUCAAUGUCUGUCAUAUUUUCCCUGCCAGAGUUCCAGUUGUCUGAUCUAAUCAGACUCCUACUUCAUCUUAACAUCAUCACAAAACUAGAAGAUGACAAAAGGGACACUACUUCAUUCCUUAUGCUCUCCUUCAUACAAUGA